AUGAAGAUCAUUGCUGCCAUUUCCCUUCUUGCCGCUUCGGCUUCUGCCUUUUCCGUGGACACCAUCCCAGGUGCCAUUGCCCCAACUGGUCUCUUUGACCCUCUUGGCUUUGCCGCUAAGGCUGACGAGCCAACCCUCAAGCGAUACCGCGAGGCUGAACUCACCCAUGGCCGUGUUGCCAUGCUUGCCACCAUUGGUUUCUUGGUUGGUGAAGCUGUUGAGAGCAAGACCUAUCUCUUCAACGGCGAAGUCACCGGACCUGCCAUCACCCACUUGGCUCAAGUCAACCCUGUCUUCUGGAUCUUGUUGGGUGCUGGUAUUGCCAAGGCCGAGACUCAACGUGCUGAGAUUGGCUGGGUUGAGCCCAAGAAUGUCCCCUUUGACAAGCCUGGUCUCUUGAGGGACACCUAUGUCCCCGGUGACAUUGGCUUUGACCCCCUUGGAUUGAAGCCUGAAGACCCUGAAGAGUUCUUCCAAAUGCAAACUAAGGAACUCCAAAAUGGACGUCUUGCCAUGCUUGCUGCUGCUGGUUUCCUAGCACAGGAGCUUGUCAACGGAAAGGGAAUCAUCGAGAACCUUCUCAACUAAGCCAGAUGAUCUUGGCGUUACUCAGAACUUGUACAUAUGACAGCAAGCAACUGGACAUAGCAUUUUAAACUAAGCAAAUUGAACAUAAAAGAAAUACCAAAA